AUGCUUGAGGGUUUAGCAGCAUGGAUAUUGAAUACCUAUAUAGGGGAAUAUGUGGAGAACCUCAACACUACACAGCUGUCUAUUGGCCUCCUACAGGGUGCCGUGGAACUUGAGAACCUUCCAUUGAAAAAAGAUGCAUUAAAGAAUUUUGACCUCCCACUUCAGGUCAAAUCUGGUUUCAUUGGUAAAAUAACACUACAGAUACCAAUAAGUCGUCUGAGGAGUGAGCCAUGGGUUGUGUCGAUGGAAAAGCUUUACCUGCUGGCUGGUCCUUUGAAACAAUCAGAGUAUGAUGAAGAAAAAGUCAAGAAAGCUGAACAAGCCAAGAAGGCUAGCAUGCUUGAAGCUUUAGAAAAAAAAUGGCAGGUGCUAAAAGUAGAGAAGGCAGCAGAAGGAUAUGGUGCAUCCUGGUUCUCCUACGGAACGUCACUGGCCACUAAUAUUCUGGAGAACCUACAGUUGAAAAUAAAAGAUGUACAUAUCCGCUAUGAAGAUGAUGAGCUGGUACCAAAUUGUCCAUUUGCAUUUGGUGUCACCAUUAAAAGUUUGAGUGCUCAGAGUACAGAUGAAGAAGGGACCCCUAAGUUUGUGAGUACCAGCUUGGCAGAUAUGGUGUACAAACUUGUAGAUCUACAAAAUUUCUCCUGCUACCUUGAUACAGAUGCUAAAAUGCUUGGCAGUCUUCCAAUCUCUGAACUGGCGGAUGCCUUACACCCUGACAUGUAUAUGAGCAACUCAACAGGCCUAUUUAAGGAUCAUGAAUACAUUCUGGCACCCAUCAGUGCCCAGACUCGCCUGAAGAGAAAUACAUCAGUACUGCCACUGCGCUCACCUAGUCUGCCUCGUAUUGCCCUAGACAUGAAUCUUGAGAAAAUGGCCUUUUGUCUCAGUGAGAGUCAGUAUAGAUGUGUCAUACAAUGGCUUAAAGAGCUAGAGCGUCACGACCGUCGACUCAAGCACAGACAGUGGCGCCCUGUUGUAGGGGUCAAAAACAAUUGUAAGCUGUGGUGGAACUAUGCCAUCCAGGUCAACCUGCACAUUAUUCAAGAAAGAAACAAGCACCAGACCAAAGCAUACCUGAUACAACGCGUGAAGGAUGUGAUCAAAUAUCACCAUGCUUAUAUGUCCUUCCUGGCCGGAGAGAUCCUGGACCUUGAUCAUCUCACACACAAAAGCAAGAUGGACGAAGAAUGGUCGUAUGAAGAACUGAAGAUUUUGAGAGAGGUUACCUUUCUGCGGGCUAAAAGAGAAGGAAAACUUGAGCAGGUGGUUGUUGCAAAAGAGGUGAGUCCUGCCCCAGUGGUUGUGACCUCUGAAGAAAAACCACAAGAACAGAAGGGUGUGUUGCAGCGUUGGUUCCCAGGGUGGGGCGGAUGGUACGGAACUUCAGACCCUGGGGCUGAGGAUGGAGCAGCUAAAGCAGAUACAAACCAGUCACAAGACAGAAAGGAAAACUUGGAUGACAGCUCAGAAGAGCCUCCUUCCAAACUGGCAAAGACAACAGAGAGUUUAGCCAAAACUGAAUCUCAGUUAGAACAAGAGUUGAUGGAUGUAAUACAGGACACAUCAGAGAACAUGACAUUCCUAAAGAAAGACACAGUGUUUGCCAGACUCAAUUUCAACCUCGACUCUGGUUCUUUCAAGCUUCUCUGUCCAAACCCUGAUGGGAUAUUAGAGGGCCGUCCAUUGGUGACACUGUUAGAGCUGGAAUGUACUACUAUUAGCAUGAUGUUUGAAUCUAGGCCGCGAACUCAGGCCAUGAAAUUUGGUGCCAGUGUCUCUGGUCUAUAUCUACGGGACAAAAUGAUCACAAACACCAGCUUUCCUAACAUGAUAUCACCACAAGUUAAGGAUCGCUUAGCCUCCCAUUCAAAAUCACCCAACUCCAGCUUUUCCUUGCCUCCUCUACAUAUCCCCAAGUCACCAGAGGGAGGUCCGACUGCUAGUGUUCCUGAGGAGAAAAUAUUUCAACUGAUGUAUGAGAAGAACCCUGCUAAUACCAAUGCAAACUACAGAGUUAAAAUAGAAACCAAACCAUUGGAUAUUGUGUAUAAUCCAAGUACUAUCAGGAAAAUACGAGAAUUUUUCUCUACCAAAAACAUGGGAACUUCUCGUUCAUCACAGCUCCGACUUACAGCUGCUGCAAGACGCCAAUAUGAGUUCCUGAAAGAACAAACUAAAGCUGAACUGAAACAAACUCUUGACCAGAUAUUAGAAGGAGAUGAAAAGAGAUGGGACAUAAAAUUAGACAUUUCUGCCCCACAAAUCAUUGUGCCAGAAAAUCUAGCGGAUGUUGACACUCGUGUAGUUGUUAUAGAUUUGGGACAUCUGCACGUCUAUAACAAAAAGUUGUCGUCACCACAACAGCAAGAUCAGAAACCAGUAGAAGAAAAUGAUGACGAGUUUCAGACUCCCUUAUCAACACCUCCUAAUGAAGUGGAAGGUGGGGUAGAAGAGGCAAAACCAGAGUGUAAUCCUCUAGACCAUAGCUUGUCAGAAUCAGCGCUGUUUGAGAAACUUUAUGACAAAUAUAAUUUGGAGUUAUCAGAUCUCCAGGUGAUGGUUGGAAAGAUGUCAGAUAACUGGCGCUAUACUCGUGGGAGUCGCAGUUCCACUCACUUUCAUGUCAUUGACAAACUCAGUCUCAACCUCCAGUUUGAGAGACGUCUGAUCUACACUCCUGAUCCAGAAUGGCCGACCACAACACUAAGUGGAAAUAUGCCUUGUCUUACUCUUCAUAUUAAUGAACAAAAGAUGCUUGCCCUUCACCGCUGUGUGGAGACCCUGAGUCAGCCUACGUCUGCUUCCUCCGCGCUAGGCCCUGACUUGUCAUCCUCUGGCAGUGGCGUGUCCAUGACAGAGUCCAUGUCAGGGGUAGAUCUCAGCUCUCAUAGCAACAAUGUGUCACUUAACUCCAGUUCUGCAUCUGAGAAGAAGAUGAGUGACAAGAUGAAAGAAGUAUUAGAAGAUUCUCGACUAAUGCUGGCAAAAUUUACCAUCAAUGCUAUGACCUUGGAGGUCCAGAGUAGAGGUCGUCCUAUCGUGGAGCUGCAGGUGACUAAGGUGAACGCAAACCUGACAAAACGUCCCUAUGAUACAAAGGUUGGCCUUACAGUACAUAGCCUCCUUGUUGUGGAUGCCCUUCAACCAUACGGAACAGACUUUGAAUUGCUUGUAGCUUCACAUAAAAAUGUCACACUAGACAGUAGGAGUGGAAGUAUCCGCGGCUCUGAGGCAGUGUCACCUGGGUCCCCAAUGUCCCCCACUUCCCCACACUCCCCUAUGGAGACCCUGAAUGAGUCUGCAUCCAGUACUAGUCUGAAAGUGGUGCAGGAGGCAAUCUCCAAAACCUUCCAGGCCCUCGUCAACUCUGGCUCCCAUACUCUUGGUCUGAACCUUGAUGAUAAUGAGUCUGCAGAAUUGAUACCGACAGUUGAGGAGGAAGCACUUAUAUCAAUCGACCUCGAACUCAUUAAUGAGAAUUCACCGAGUAAUACUACAGGGAAGGGGGCAUUACAGAUAGCCACUCUACAGUUCAACAACCUAGAUAUUAUAGGUAACCAAGAGACCAUUGUGGAGCUACUGAGUUUUUGUAAAACGAUCAGCCCACAGAAGGAUUCUUCAUUUUCUGCCUCUUCCACAUCUCCAGCCUGGACACAGCCAUCUGUUAUGACACAGAGUCCAAAUGUCUCUGUACGGACAGAUGAGGGGACUAGGCCACACCAGGAAGUGACAGCAGAGUUCCACCGAGUUAGUCUGUUGUUGAUCCACUUGGAGGAUGUCCGCGGGGUCAAGCAUGCACGAAAAGUAGCCACAGCAACAAUGUCAUCAGCUAAAAUACAAGCAACACUUGGGAAAGACUUGGAUUUGUCAGGGUCUCUAGGAGGUUUCCAUGUACUGGACAUCACACCAGAUAUACCACAGUACCAACAGGUGUUUAGUGUGGGUUAUGACUCCAGUGAGGACAACACAGCCAUGUCAGCCUCCUGUUACCAGCCCAGCUUCAUGUACAAAACUGCCCAUGAAUCCAUGUUUGAUGAAGAAAAUGAAUCUGAUGCAAAAGCUUUGUCCUUUCAUUAUACUCGUGGCAUGCAGAGGUCGAAAACUGUUCAAAACUUUUCUAUGGAUUUAGAUGAAACAAAAGAUGAGACAGGAAUUGACCAGAAUAUUUCAAAUCUUGAGCUACAUGUUGCUUCCAUGUCAUACAUCCACUCUCCUAGAAUACUCCAUGAAAUUUCUUUGUGUUUUUCAGAAUUCAAAGAAUACAUGUCUGUUUUUGCAGAGUCUAUAAAAACAGCGGCAGCAGAGGUUGCCAUGGAAAUAAUUUCCAGUAAGUUAGACACAUCUGUGAUCGGAAGUAAAACUGUGAUUGGAGAUUUCAUGUCUCCAGAUGGAAAGAGGAUGUCUGGUGCCUGUCUUAACAGGCAGGCUUCUAUGAACAAACAACAGUCAUUUUCAUGUCCAGAUUUAGAAGAACAAUCAUCAGACAAUGCUUCGACGAGAGUUUUACUCAUGAAUAUUCAACUAGCAUCACCUGUGAUAGUGGUUCCUAGAUCCUCUAACAAUCCACAGGCUUUUGUUGCCCAGCUUGGACAGAUUUCCAUCAGCAAUAGUGAUUUAUCUACAGAAGAACAGGACGAGGAUGAGGUAGCGGGGAUCAGUCGCAACAGAAUGCUGAUGGAAAUGCGUGAUAUGAAUCUUUGUUCAGUCGAUCUGAAAUGUGACCUUCCGACAGACUUGUCUUUGUCACAGUAUAGCAAGACAUUCAUGCAUUCAUUGGACCAAUUUGGUAUUACAAUAAUUCAUAAUACAACAGUUCAAAUGAUUGUGGACUAUAUCCAGCCAGGGCCUGUGAAUAUUCUUCCUCAGGAAGACACAAGCUCGGCUGGCUGGUGCUUUGGUGAAGAAAUGUUCGAGGAGGAUGGUAAACGAAAAAAUGUAAUUUUGGAAGAAGUAAGCAACAUCUUGGACAUAUCGGCUAAAAUCGCAACACCGCUUAAAGUGGAAUUGUCCAAAGCAGUGUACGAACAGCUCCUUCAGACUAUAGAUAACAUGACUUACAAUGUUCACUUAAUUAGAGAGCAGAAUUCAGGUAUUACGGCAGGACCAUUUGACAGUUCAAAAACUAGUGAAUGUCUUGAAUCAGAGAUUCCAGACCUGUCUGAAACAACAAAUGUACCUACAUCUUUCACAAGGUCAAUAUCACAGCCCCCUGAAAAACCUAUGACAAAAAGAGUCCAAUUUGAAGUACCUGUGUUUAAUGUUGAAAUGAAAGGUGAUUUUGGUGAAGGGGAGAAAGGGUUAGUAGAUUUGAAAUUGGAUAAUUUCCUUUUGAAAUAUGAGAAAAGUACAAAUUAUUGUUCCAAUGUAAACAUUCACUUGGAGUCAUUAACUGUUGAAGACUUGCUUGAGAACCCAGACUCGCCACACAGAUACCUGAUUUUGUCGCGAGCCUUUUCAGCAGACAAGGAUGAUAAGAAGGAUGAUCUGAAACAGUUCCUGUCCAGGUCGUGUCCAGACAGCAUGAUUAUAGCUCCUACCCCAAUAAUGCCCCGUUCGCUUCCAUCCAGUUUCCACCAAGAGUUACCUCCCCACACUAUGCUAUCCCCCUCGAUUGAACAAGUCCCGGAGCCCCUUGGAAUGUUGAGAAAGUCGAGAUCAUCUGCUGUUCAUGUACCUGUAAAGGCUGGGCUGUAUCCAAAGACCCCACCUCCUUCUCCCAUGUUGUCAAGGAAACAGUCAGUAUGUGACACCAGGGACGACACCCUAGUACACAUUAGUUUACUUCUGGUGGACAAGCACUCUCCAGAGUAUGUCUCAAAGUUUGAUAAGACCAACAGAUUUGUAGAUGUAGACUUCAACUGCUUAGAAGCAAACAUAAAUCAACAAACCUGGGUUGUUCUUCUCGACUUCCUCGGACUUGGUGCAAAGGUUCAUGAUGUCAGUAUCUCUGAGCCAAGUACUCCCAGUGCAAAAGAGCAAGAAAUCAAACCGAGUGAAGAAGAAGCAAAAGUGUUUGUGAACUCUGUGAUAAAUCUGAAGGUGAAGAGCCUGAGUCUUAUGUUUAACAAACCUGAGUAUGAACUGGCCCGAGCCAACAUCUCCGAAUGGUCAUCUCAUAUCCAGGCAAGGGAAGGAAACUUCAGUAUGUCAGGGCAGCUCGGAAACAUCUCCCUCAGGGACUGUUCUCCUCACGGUGCUCUCUACAGGGAGCGUUUCAUUACUGUAGGCAAGCAGGCACUUGUGUUUGAUUUCUUCAAGUAUGGCUUACCUGACCCAAACCUGGAGAGAGAUGAAGACAUCUCACUAAAACUUCGCAUGGCAUCAGUGCGGUACACACAUACCAACCACUUCCAGAUGGAAUUUGUGGCCUUCAUACAGAACUUCUUACAGCUGCAGGAUAUCCUCGGACAAAUGAGGGCAGCAUCAGCUGGUAAAAAGGUAGCAGAAAAGGCCAGUCGUGGUGCUCGCAUCACUUUGGAUAUCGAAGCUAACGCACCAAUCAUCCUCAUUCCCCAUAGCUCUAAGUCCACUGACAUCCUUGUCAUGAAUCUUGGAAAUCUCACAGUGAGAAACAGCUUUGUGUACGAUGGUGACGAAGGAACAAUACUAUCAGGGACUGUCAAGAGAGAACAGAACAUUCCAACAACGACACAUCCAAACCCACAGCCUGCAACUACAUCAAAGUCUGCUACAACUGCAUCUACUCCCAGCAGUGAGUCGUCUCCUUCAGAGACCCAUGUCAUGACUCAGAGUUUGUUUGAUGAAUUUAACCCUCCACAGCCAAGCAUGCUUGACCCUAUGACAGCUGGUGUUUAUGGAAGCCUUGGUGGGGAUGUUACGGAAGAAACAGUGCAGAGUGGUCCCAGCUCCUUAGAAUCUUAUGAUCCCACAGACCUUUCUCCUCCAGAUUCUUCACCAGAUAUAACACCAGAAGACUCUAGCGUAGACAUGUUCUCACCUUCAUCUAGUGUUAACAUUACCUCUCCAGUAAUGAUGAUGGACAAUCCAUUCACCAGAAGCUUGGGGUUAAAUCUGGAAAACACAAUUAAUGUUGAAUCUGCUAGUAGCUGUACAGAGCUGACAUCUGCCGAGUAUCUGACACCAGCUUGUAGUAGCGGAGGAGACUUCCUGGAUAGUCCACGUCACAACUGUUUGUUAGACGUACUGGCUGUGGAGCUGGCAGACAUGGAUCUGUUUUCUGCUGAGAGGGUGGAGAAAGCUUCAUACAACCAGAUGGAUCAGAAUCAAGAUCUGGAAUUCACAGAUUGUGUGAUCAAGCGCCAGGGGGCUAGGGCUCUAAAAGAGAAGAUUCUCCUGAAGCUACACAUAGAGAGGAACUUGGAAAAUCUUGUGAGUCACUCAGCACCAGACUGGCAGAUCCAGGGAGCUCUAUCCUCGGUCCACUGUUCUCUGGAUCUGGUUCAGUAUAAACUUAUCCGUGGAAUUCUUGAACACAAUCUCGGUGAGAAGCUGGAGGAAUUCAAACGACCAAUGAUGUCACACCUACAAGACCCAAAGAUUGAGACUGUGCUGAGUGGUAAAGUCUGGAAGGGAAUGUCAAUGACGAUUGACUUAAACAAUGUGACUUUAGAGUUGCUGAUGUGUCAUAGUGGACAGGGGCCAGACUGUCCAGAGUCCUCUGUAGCCAGACUGGAUUUUAUCUCGUCCACUUUCUCCUUCGAUAGUUACUCUGACCAAUCUAAGGAUGUAGACUUGGUGUCCCAUGAAAUUGUUGCCUAUGACACCAGAUAUCGGGAUGCCCCUGCCAAUGUGCGGCCCAAUGUGUUUGAGAAAAUCCUGCAGAAUGGCCAGAAACCUGGAAGUACCAGCACUAGCCUCCAGAUGGAGCUCCACUACCGUGCGACAAAGGAAUCCAAUCACUUUAUGGUCUUACUUCACAACAUGAAACUGAUGUGUGUUUUUGAUUGGUUCUUAUCAUUACAGGAGUUUCUACUCACCAAACCUGAAGAUCCUUUUGCUGCAGAGCGAGAAGCAUGUGAGGUGGAGAGACAGAACUCCUCUGGAGCUUCAGAGGAAAGUCAGCUAUCAGACUCGAUGUCCACUGGAUCCCGUGCCUACAGUCCCCUAACAGUCUCCCAAGGCAUUAUGACCAAGCGUGGACCAAUAGUGGAACAGCUGGAGGUCCCUUUUGAGUUUAAACUCAAUGUAACAGAUACUCAAUUUGUAGUGGUGGAGGACAGUACUUCCUGGGAUACUAAUGCUGUCAUACUGAAGAGUACAGCGGUGCUGAGUUUCCGUCCCAAGGCCAAGGACAAGCUGAUGUCGUGCAGCCUACAGAGUAUUGAGGUGUUCUCCUGCUCCUUGGUGAAUGAAGAGGAAACUGCUUUGUCCAUCAUUGACCCUCUCACUAUUACUAUAGACCUCAAUGCCAAUCCCCUUCCAGAGCCAAAACCCAGCUCUCCUGGAGGAAUACAGGAUGCAGCCCCACCCCCGGACCGUGCUCUAGUGCUUGAGGUUUCUUUCAACGCAAUGAAUAUCCGAUUGUCCUACCACGAUAUGAAGAUGUUUCUGGCAAUAUUGAACUCCUUGCCCAAACAAGCACUUCAGGCCAAGAACAGGGAUUCACAGAAGACUCCCAAUCAAUACCCCAAACACCAGAUUCAGAAGCUACAGGAACUUGGGUUUAGUAAGGAGGACUGUCAGCAAGCCUGGUCAGCUGUAGAUGGAGAAAUGAAAGAAGCAGCUGUGUGGUUAAGAAAGCACUGUACACCCAUCCCUCCCCCGCCCCCAGGGCAGCAGAGUCUAGACCUCACAGGUGUAAAGCUUAAUGCCAAUUGUUUCUGUCUCUGCUUCAUCGACGACUGCCGGGACUCGGAUGUACCACUGGGUGAAAUAGCGUUAAGUUCAAUCAACUUCCAUCAGAAGCUUGGUCAAGUCCAUGAGGGGACAGCGUCUUUCACACUGACUGGUGAUUUCUACAAUCGGGCCUUGUCAGGCUGGGAACCCUUCCUAGAACAGUGGAGGUGUCAUUUGGAGUGGAAGAAAUAUGUGAAAAACUAUGAAGAAACAACACAUUUCCAGAUUAACGCCCAAGAUAUGCUGAACAUCAACAUCACUAGUGCCUUAUUGGAACAGUACAGAAAAACCAAAGUCACAUGGACAGAAGAUUACUAUAAACACAUGCCAACCAACAUCUCACAGUCAAACGAAUCGCCACAGGAACCUGUUUCCACAGCUAGUCAGAGGCGCCGAAUACCAUUUGUGCCUUUCCUCAUCCACAACCAGACUGGCUGUCCUCUGUGGUUUCAUACUGUCACGACAAACCCAUCUAAAAUAACCCGCCUGACUGGGCCUAAUGAGGGACAUCUGUCUGGCAGUGCUUAUAUCAAUGCCUCCAAGUGGACAAAAGUCAAGCCAGGCCAACAGAUGUCAUUUGUAUUUCACAGGAAGGAGAAAAUCAGACAUAAGAAAACUCAUGAGCUACAGAUCAACCAGCUUGGAGUGAAAGUAGAAGGGUGGCACCGAGUGACCCCAGUCACUGUGGACAAAGUAGGUGUGUACUUCAGACAUGCCGAGCCUGACAGAAAGUCGGCCACAGGACUCUCUGGGUUGACAUUUGAGUCCAGCCAUGAUCCUGCCAAGCAACAGAUUGCGCGGAUAGUGUUUGAUGUUCAUCAGGAAGGUAGUGCCAGGAAGGUGAUCACUGUCCGAUCAGCACUAAUGGUCAUCAACAAGCUUGACCGUACUGUAGAUCUGAAGAUGGUGCUUGGAACACAGUACGAGGGAAAUGUUGAGAUCCUUCCAAUACCCCCUCGUGGUAGUGUCCCUAUCCCACUACCUUACAUUAUGUCACAGCUGUACAUGAGGCCCUGUGAUUCAUCAAUCAAGUUCUGUAAGCAGCCAAUCCAGUGGCAACAUGUUGGUCUUGCUGGACAGAUCAAAGACAAAAUAAUGAAAUGUGAGACUUCGGAUGUCAAAGAAACAUACAGGUUCUGUGCUGCAGUGAAGAGAGAACACUACCCGGAACAGAACUUCACACAGGAAGUGCCAGUACUUCCUGGUCAUGUGAUCACGCUCAAGCCUCCCGUCAUCAUACACAGCCUACUGCCAAUCGACCUCAACUAUUACCUAAAAGACACUGAUAUUUCGGGCACAGUAAAACCUGGCAAGAGCGCUGCCUUACAUGCGGCUGACCCCAGUCAGGCGAUGGAGCUGGGCAUCUACGUUGAAAACUUCUCUAAUUGUUCCGAGUUGAUUGUCCCUCCUGACACAACUUAUUACAAAGUCAAACUGAGGCUGUUCGACUGUAAGAAACGAAAGUUAGAGUUGUUUGUACGGAUUGUGUCCCGAAAAGGAGGCUGUGUUAAUUUGUACAUCAUGGCUGCCUAUUGGUUGGUAAACAAGUCUGGAUUACCACUAAUCUUCCGUCAGGAGAGCAGUAAGAUUGACUCAGCAGGACAGUUUGAGGAACACGAGUUAGCUCGCAGUGUUACUCCAUUGCUGUUCAGCUAUCAUGAGAAAGAGCUGUCAAAUCUGUGUACCAUGAGAGUCGGAAAGUCUGUCCAUGGACCAAAUGCCAUACCUAACUGGUGUCAUCGGUUUUCUUUGGAGAGUGGUACAGGAAUGCGGAAGCUGUAUGUGGUGCCGAAAGAGCAGAACCGUCCUGAUUGGUUAGUAGAGCUACAACAUCAGACCAAACGCAGGUUUACCAUUGCUAUCACUAAUGCGCUCCAGGUUUACAACAUAGGUAUAGAGGUGAGACAGGGAAAGGGGAAAUACAGAGACACAAAUAUCGUGACUUUUGCACCAAGAUUUGAAAUUGACAAUCAGUCCAGUCACAAUUUGGCCAUAGUGCAGAGGCAUAUUAGCAAAAGGGAGACCUUAACGAGAAGUAUUGAUGGUCACCUGACAGCAUUGCCUGGGUGUAAGCUGCCAUUUCAUUGGCCAAGACUGGAUCUUGACCAGCUGUUGUGUGUACGAUUAAUGGAUGUGCCAAGCUGUAGGUGGUCCGGCGGAUUUAGGAUAGACUGCAUUGACUCCUUCCACAUUAACAUGAGAACCACAGAUGAUGUCUCCCACUUACUGAAGGUGGAGGUAGUGAUGCAGGGUCCAACCUUUUUCAUUGUGUUUGGUGAUGCAGAAGAGAUGCCACCACCCUUCAGGAUAGACAACAAGGCAGAAGUACCCAUCAAAUACUACCAGACAGGCAUAGAGGAUGUCACACUGAUGUCAAACAUCAAACCACACACCUCUCUGGCCUAUGCUUGGGACGAGCCGACCUUUGCACCAUCUAUCUCGCUAAAUGUACAGGGAGGAACUAGCGCCACCUACAAUAUGAACAAGCUUGAGGAGGGAGAAAAGCUUUACUAUCAAAAUUUCAUCUACCUGGCAGCUACAGCUUCGUUUAACCAGAAUAUUCCUGAUGAGAACAAACAAGACUUGGUGCUAGACUGUAUUCAUGAAAACCACAUUGUGUUCAAGAAAAAGGAGAAUGGGAAAAGGUCCCAACUGUGGCGUAUGACUACAAAAGGAAUGUUGGAGCAUGAGGGUUCCAUGCCACCACGGGAUCCUCGUAAGCAGGGAACCUCAUCCAAUCGUCUUGUACUGGAUAUCGCAGACAUUGCACCACAGCCCGGAAAAAUGGUGCUACUCACACUGAGGAAGAUAGACGAACGUAGAAAAUCCACACAGAAGUGGUCAUUCAUGGAUGGGAAGCUGUGCUGUGGAAGUGGUGUGCUCUGUGUUCAGGCCCUCGGAGAUUUUCUUCAAGAAGGUGCUGUAGGAGUACUAGGCCCCUGUCCCCCAUCCAGUUCAGUCCCCAUACAGGCCCAAAUGUCAAGCCAACGCCUCCAUCCUGGGUCAGGUCACCUCUCAGUCAGGGUCAUGAUGGAUGGCCCGAUCAGAGUGUUGGAGAUAACAGACACACAGAAAAAGCAAGUCGUCCAACAGAGGGGCUCCGCUGAUGAUGAUGGAUGGGAGGUGUAUGAUAUCAAAGAAGCCGAAGAUAAGCAAGGAAAGAUCAAAGACCAACUUGAAACUAAAACCAGUUUGGAGCUCUCUAUGAAUCUGAAGGGAGGAUUAGGGAUUUCCCUAGUAAAUAAGAAUGCUGAGGAGUUAUUGUACAUCUCUAUGAGGAAUAUUAUCAUGGAUUACUGCUCCACACCCUCCAGUAUCAAAAUGGACAUUAGUGUAGCAAGUGUUCAGAUGGAUAACCAACUGUUUGGUACCCAGCGCCCUGUAAUGUUAUAUGUGACACCAACUUCAAAACAGGAAGGGCCUGACAAAACGUAUGCCCUCCACAUGGCCGUUCACAAGAUACCCAACACAAAGUGGAAUGCAGACAUCUACAAGCAUUUGUUUAUCACAAUGAAGAAGAUGAGUGUGCAGCUUGAGGAACGACUGCUAUGGAAAAUCAUCCAGUUUAUAGGGUCAGACAGCUCGGACUCAACUGAAGAAAAAGUUGACCAAAAAUCAGACCAGAGGGAAUUUGAUACCAGGAAAGCUCUGGUAGCUGCUACAUCAGUGAAAUCAAAGCGUUACUAUUUUGGGACCCUGAAGAUCAACACGAGUCGUUUGAGUCUCAGUAUGGUAACAGCCAAUAAGUUGUCCUUGGAUCUCCAGCACAUCAAAAACGCCACCUCAAUCCCACUUGUCAAGUUUGAGGACGCCAAAGUUGAUCUAGAUCCCUUUGUCAGACACCAUCCGUUUGAGACCAUAGAUUUCCUGACAAGAGAGCUCAUGAUCCACUAUACUAAUGAAUUAAAAAGUCAGGCUGCUAAGAUUCUUGGUUCUGUUGACUUCCUCGGCAAUCCACUGGGACUGUUCAAUGAUGUCACUGAGGGAAUAUCUGGACUCAUCAAGGACGGCAAUGUUGGUGGGCUGCUAAAAAAUGUCACCCACGGGGUUUCCAACUCAGCAGCGAAGUUUGUGACAUCCCUGUCUGAUGGUGUUGGGACACUCAACAUGGACACCAAGCACAACGAUACACGUGACCAGAUCCGUACUCACAGCGGAGGCGGAGGCAGCCAUCUUGUGGCUGGUAUCAAAGGCUUUGGGUACGGGCUGUAUGGAGGACUAACCAGUAUUGUCACUCAAACCUACGAAGGUGUGAGAGAAGAGGGAGUCGAAGGCCUAUUCACAGGAUUUGGCAAAGGUAUGAUUGGAACUGUAACCAAGCCAGUUGCAGGCGUCCUUGAUCUAGCCUCAGGAGCAGCCAAUGCUGUGAAGGACACAAGUAGCAGUAGUUCCCACAAGUGUCCUGAUCGUGUCCGAUGGCCACGUUGUUGCCAUGGUCCUGGUGGCCUACUGCCAUCUUUCUCUGAUCUUCAGGCAAGGUCACAGGAACUCAUGUACAAGUUCAACAAAAACAAUCAGGACGAAUUUUUCAUUGCCUUAGAGAAAGUGCGAUCUGGGAAGGAGGAGGGCCUGAAGGCCCUUAUCACAAGUAAGCACGUGUACUUUCUGAGGAAAGGACGUCUACACCCUGACAACAUCAUGCUACAAGUCUCACAUCGAGAAAUUGUUGAAUGUAAAGUCACAGAGAACAACGACAGAUUUUACAUUGAGCUUUUCAAGCAGGGUGAUGAUGGUGGCGAGAGGUCAUCUGGGGUGGCACAAAAACGACCCCAGAUCCGGUGUGAUAAAAGGCACAUGGCUCAAAGGGUAUCUCAACAAAUUAAUUAUGCCAGAAACCUAUUUGAUGAGCAGCGACACACAUUAUCUGAGGGGGAUAGAGGCGAGGAAGAUGAAUAACCAGUUGAUAAACUUCAGCUGUGGAUAUGAUAAAGAAGCCAUUGAUUAUGGGAUCCAAAUAUCAGAACCAUUAACAGUCAACAUUGAUGUGAUAUAAGUGCAAGAAAAUUGGAGGAGGAAAAGCUACCAGUAGUGAAAUUUUGACCUAGAAAUCAUCAGAUUAAAAUUGUAUUAAUAAAUGCUCUUUAUUCCACUGAAAUCAGACUAAAGGAGAAUCUUAUGGAGAAAAAUUUUCUGAACAAAGGCUUAGAUAUUUUUGAAAUUGAUAUUUGUCAUUAUCGAAAAAAUUCCAUUUGAUGUAUAAGAGGAGACAUGAAUUUAGCAUAAUAGAUUAUAGUGACAUUGCUGAGAGGAAGAUAUUUAAAUGUAUAAGAUGCAUUUAAUGUGAUACGUGCCAAAUGUGAUAUUUUCAUGACAUUUUAUACAUGAAAUGAGAUGGACGACUGUGUGAUCAAAGUCAAGUGACAGACUUAACAAGUCUGUGCGACUGAUGGUAGAUAGCCCGGACCAAAAACUGUCUGUGUUACAAUUUAUGAACAUUAAGGGUGAUUUGUACAGUUUCAUGAUCAAUUUUUCUUGUUCUAUUUUCAGUGUGCCAAGCUUUUUCAGAUGCACUUUGUUUGUGAAGAAAUGAACAAAUUAAUGAAAUUUUUCACAUUUUGUGUCAGAACAAAUUUUGAUAAUUUUUUGGGCAACAGUAGGUGAAUGUGAUUGUCACUGGCCAAUGAAUCCUGCAGCUUCCAAUUUCUGACUUUCGUAGAAUUUUAAACAGGUCAAAUAUUUGAAUGUUUUCUGAAUUUCUGAAUACUUAUGUUAUUAUAUGUUAUUUUUGUAUGAUUUGCGUGUGUGGGCUAAAUAUACAGGGUAUACAUUGCAUACAAGUGACAGUCUUUUGACAUAUGGAUGACACUGACUGUAAUUUACUGUGCUGUCAGAAGUGCAACUAUUGGUGCAUGAUAUCGUGGAGUAAGUAUAUCUGUGUGAGAUCACAAGUGUAUAUAAUCACAUUCCUUUGCUGUUUCAUAAGGUGCUCUGUCAUCUGUUACAUAUUCACAAAAUCUGUCCUGUCAUCUGUUACAUAUUCACAAAAUCUGUCCUGUCAUCUGUUAAAUAUUCACAAAAUCUGUCCUGUCAUCCAUUAUUUUUUCACAUACUCUGUCCCGUCAUCUGUUAAAUAUUCACAAAAUCUGUCCUGUCAUCCAUUAUAUUUUUCACAUGCCCUGUCCCUUCAUCCAUUACCUCUGGUUAUAGUGCCUCCUGUUGUCUUUUGUAUCAUAAAGAAAACUAAGCUGAAAGUUGAUUCUGCUUUCUUUGUACAAUCAUACCAAUCUAGUUGUGGACAACUCCUGUCACGUCAGCAAAUUUUUGAGGUUUUUUUUUUUUUUUUUAGGGGGUGGGGAGAGGUUGGCAAAUCUCCUACACAUAUUUGCAUUCAAUAUAUAUAUACAUGUGUAUGAUUAUAUAAUACUACUGUCAAGAGCUGAAUUGUGCUGAAAACCAUUUACCCGAUUCUAAGAGGAUUUUCAUAGAUUGUUUGUAGGGAUCAAACAAUGUCAGAUCAAUCAAAGAACAUACUAUUACUCAACAACAGUAAAUGAAAUAACCUUAGUCUCACUUUUCAAAUCUGGGCUGUUGGAAUAAGUUUUUUCUUAAAAUUUCUGGUUGUGACCUGCUUUUUGUUAAAAUUUUACACAAUAAAAUGUAUUAUUCUUUCUUCUCUUGCAUGUCUUGGUCACAUAGCUGUUUGAUUCUGUCAUAACAAAUGUAUUGAAACAAUUUUCUGUGAUUUUUUUCUGUUGAAAUGUCUCCUAACACCCCAUUGAUGUAACACAAUUAUAUAAAUACAUGUAUAACCAGCGUACAUGAAUAUAUAGACUUUUCUUUUGGCAGCUUUUGUGUAUUUUAACCUCUCUAUGUUCUGCUUUCUGCUUGACACCAUAUGAGCCUUGUGUUUCUUAGUAUCUCCAAUUAAAUUGUUUUAUUAUGUUUUAAUUAUAUGACUUUGCCAAUUAACAAUCAAUUUUCUAAUGUGUUCCUGAAGUAUUAGUACUACUGCUUCUUUACAUGCUUCCCAUUUUUAUCCGUUUUAGAAUUCACAAACUAGUGAUCAUUAUUUCAUUGUAAAUUUCAUUUUUAUUUAAGAAGGUAUCUCAUUCUCUCUAGGUAUUGUGUUGUUUAUUGACCUAACAAUCAUUAUUUUAACUGUAUUGUCAACUUUUUCUUAAUGGUGUCUUAUCAAGUAAUUAUGAUGUAAAUAAUAUAUGAACAUUUUAAGCAGUAUGUAAUUAUGAGAAGUAUCCAAUACAUCCUGUAUAUUAGAAAAAAAAUCAUAUAUGUAACAGGUUAUUUUCGCAAUACCUUAAUAACAAGAUUUACCUAAAUACCAGGUUGGGUAACAAAAUUUUGUUUAAUAAUCGGAUGACGUAAUUUUGCAAACCAAUUAUUUGCAAUCCUCUAUCAUUAAGUAUAUUAAUUAUGUGUAGCUCUAAUAUUAUGAUACUGAAUGUCAGUUUUCACAUUCAGUUGGUUUUAAAUACGUCUAAUGGUCUUUGGUGCUACUUGUAUAAAGCUGUGAGAUGUACAAGUACAAUGUAUAAAAGGUCUGAAAUCUGAUGAACGUAUAUUUAGGAUUCAACUCUUUUGUUCAUCAUAUGUCAUGAAUAUAGCAAAAAUAAGAUGCACAUUAAACCUGUUAUACAGUGUGUUAUGUACAGGAAAUCAAGCAAAUCCAAGUUCAGUUCACUAUGGGUAAAGCAUUCUUUGCUUGUCAUUAUCAAUAAUUAUUGUUGUCACUGUUGUCAUAACCACAAAGUUUGUGUCAUCAAAUGUCUGCUAGAUGUCAACAAUUAUUUUCCAACAUUCAGUCCUUGUAUAUAUUUUUCUUUUUCAAAUAAAUAUUUUACCAAAUUUCAAACAUGAUUGGCACUGGAGAUAUAUAUUUAUACUUAAUCUGAAAUCAAAAUCUUGGAUUACAAAUACACAAUGAAAAAAGCCCAAAAAUAUUAACCAAAUUUGUGUUUACAUUUAUUUAAUGUUUAAAGUUCUUAUGUAGGACAGCCCUACGGGUAAAGAUUUUUUAAAGGCUGUUUUAAAAUCAUCCUCGAAAGAAAAAUAUAAGAUUUAGCAUGUUCGUGAAAAUGAAUGUCAUUUCUUAAAAAUUUCAAAUUGAAGUAUCUGUACAAAAGACUCUUAUAAGUUACAUUUAAAUACCAUACCUAUUAUUGCUGUCAAAAUAUCUGUAUGAUGCUUUAUAAAUAACUGACUGAAAAAUAGGUUAGAAAUUAAUUGUUUCAUUCCUAACCACAAGAAAAAAUGUGCUUUUGUCUAACUUGUGUUUUACAAAAUAUGUACAUUCCCUGGUGUGGCUAUUGUGAUGAGAAAUGUCAGACCAUCUAGUCUACUGUUACUAAAAUUUCCAAACCUGUUACCAUGGUAUCUUGUAAUUUGUGAAAUAACAAAUGUGAUAAUACAUAAUAAGAAAUUCUAAUGAACUGUAAGGUUUCUUCCAGUGCUCUAUGAGGGUUUGUGUGGUGGUAUAGUGUGGGUGUGUGUGUGGUGGUAGAGUGUGGGUGUGUGUGUGGUGGAGUGCAUGUCGCUGUGAUUUUUAAAAAUUUUGUGCUAGAAUGAAUCAAUUUCUGUAAUUUUUAUUGUAUAGUGUGUUUAUGUAUUCAUUUAUAAAUAAUGAAAUAUUGUCAUGAAAAUCACUAGUCCAGCUAGCAAGUCUUUCCACCUUGCAAUACUUGACACUUUAUUGUUUUGUUUCAGACAGAUUUUUUCUCUCUCCUUAUUUUAUCAUUUUUUUUACUAGAAGUGUUUUCUUGUAUUUGUUCAAACUUCACAUUUUCAUAAGGAAGAAACUUGCUCAGAUAUUGUGUUCAUUUUGCUGCAUUUUGUCAAGUAUAUAGAGAUGUUAAUUUUUUUCAUGUGACUGUUAAAAGGAUAGUUUAAACCCAAGAUUUUUUUUCUUAUUUGUUAUAAAUUAGAGAAAAAAAAAACAUCGUCACAAAUAAUACCCACCAAUGAUAUUUUAGAUAAUGAUUAUAAUAAUUUGACUGUGCAGUUUUAGCUACUGGGUAUGGAAAAGUGAAAAAUGACUCUUAUCCUUUAAUGGAAAAUACAGAUUUGUACAUGGAGGUCGUUUUUUGUCAGAAAUAUGUCAUAAAGUUUGGAGGGAGGUAAUAUGCUAUGGUGUUGUCCAUCUUCCUUUUCCUAUCUACCAUAAACUUCUAUUUCUGUAGAUUAUCUCUUAGAUUACAAGGGAUCUCUUUUAACCUCGGUGGGCGUUAAAACCAUGACAUUUGUUUUCCUGUAAGACAUUUUGAGUUUUUGAGGAGUAAUUGCCCUUUCUGGAGAUCUUCUUUCCUAUAUUUCAACCAAUUCCUUUUAUACUUAAUAGGCUUUGUGAUCUCGUGUUGUGUGUUUCUGAACAGCCUUCUUAAUUGAAAAAUUUAAAAAGUAUUUUUACAGCAUUUAUGUUUUGUCUAGAAAUCUCAUUUUUCUUUUUUAAUUUUUGUGCCAUCAUCACAUCUAGCUGUAUUUUCCUUAGACAUUUUAGAUUGACAACUUUUCCAAGAAUUACUCAUUUGUUUAGUUUCAGUAUUUUAAUUAUAGUCAUAGAUAUCUUUCCUCAGUUUUCAGCCCACCAUUAUGAAAUUGUUGGCUAUUCAAAUCAUCCUGCAUCUUUGUCCAUUGAUAGAUCUUUUUCAAAUUUCAUGUGUAGGUUCCGCACUUUUCCUAGUGGUGCCGUUUUAAUUGUGGAACUGAUCAGAAAAACAAAAUGGCAGAGAGGGAAUCAUUUUGGAUUUGGUAAUUAAAUAUUACUUUCACCAUUCUUAAAAUUUUAAAUUUCAUAUAAUUAAGGGCAAAAAUAGAGGAAGGAAGAGAAAUGAAGGAAAAAGAUCCAAUUUUUCAAAAAAAAACCCAAACCAACAAAUAA